CUCACACUCUACUCGUUAUACAACAUGUCAGCCGCUUCUAUAUUAACCUUGACUGAUCAGAUCAGGCAAGAGGCAACCGAAAAAUCAUCUACCCCUGGGCAUGGGCAUUCCAGGCUUCUUCAAUUGAUCGAAGAGCUCAAGCUAGUGGUAGAAACACCAACAGAGACAAUUCUACGCUUGAUUUAUCAGGUAUAUACGGUAUAUCAAUAUCUAUUUGAUCUUGACCUGUCAGCUGACUCCCUUCUUCUCAAGCCACCAGAAAACGCCGCGAUGAGAACAGUGGUCGAACUUGGGAUAUUUCCAAUUCUCACUAAUGAUACAAAGAAGCAGGGAGUAUCAGCGUCAGAUUUGGCUUCUCAAACGGGGGCCGAUAGAGGCCUAAUCGAGUUGCGAGCUGAUUGGGCCAACGAAGUUCGCCUUAUGAGAGUUAUGACAUCUCUAGGUCUAUGUUCAAGUUCAGAGGCGGAGAUUUACAAGGCGACGGAGAAAACAAUUGCCAUGACCAAGCCUAUUGGGCGCGACGGGGUUCCGUGCAUAUAUGAUCUCACAGUACCAGCUCUAUCAAAACUACCCGAGUACCUUCGUUUGCACAACUACAAUAAUCCAGAAGAAUAUGCUACUUCCCCUAUGCAAUGGGCUGUGGGUAAAAGUCAGUUCGAAUGGCUUGCAGAGAGUAAAGAACAUCAAAAGCUGUUUAACUCGUACAUGUCCAGUCGACGCGAAGGAAAACCUAAUUGGUUUGAUAUAUACCCUGUGGAAAGGUUGAUGAGCGGAACCAGUUCUCACCCAGAUGCUAUUUUCCUUGUCGACAUCGGUGGAAACCAGGGUCACGACUUGGGAAACUUCUAUGCAAGAUAUUCCAACACCUCCGGUCGGCUGAUUCUCCAAGAUCUACCCAAAAUUGUGGCAGCCGUUGAUAGACCCGGGAUAGAAACCGUGAGCUAUAGCUUUUUGGACCCGCAACCUAUCAAAACGAUUGAAGAUGCACGUGCCUAUUACUUUAGAGCGAUUUUCCAUGACUGGCCUGAUCGGAUUUGCAAGAAAAUUCUCCUCAACACUAUCUCCGCAAUGAAUGCCGAAUACUCCCGUAUCAUCAUUGUGGAUUUCGUGCUUCCUAAUACAAAUGUCCCCCGCAUGCAAUCUGCGAUGGACAUCCAAAUGAUGAGCAUUGGCGCUGGCGUAGAGCGAUCGAAGAAGCAAUGGGCGGAUCUUUUAGCUAGUGUCGGACUGAAGAUCACUGGGAUUUGGAAUUCAAACCCUGCUAUGGAGUCUAUCAUCGAGGCAGUCCCAAUCCAGGACGACAGGAACGGAUGUUGA